AUGGAAUCAACAUUACACCCCGAAAAUAACCUCGAGCGGGAUUCUCCCUGCCGCUCGGAAACAUCACAACCCGUCGAGCUUGACGAGGAGGACAUUCUCCUGCAAAAGCUACGGGCGGAGAAGGAGGCCAAAAAGACAAUAGUGUGGGCGGAGUGGGAGCGAGCACGUAGGAUACCCAGGUUCGAUGCGGCUACCGACAAGGACGGCUACAUCACAUAUGGCAAGCUGACAAAGAAGCUGUCGGAGCUCGAGGUGGUCAUUGAGCUGUUCUUUCGCAAAUUCAACCCCGUCCAAGACAGAUUCGUCGAGGCGACAUCCAACAUGCCCGCCUGCGGAAAAAUGGCGGAGCUCUCGACGGCUCUCGAUAAGCUCGAGCAGGCCAUCGGGGCCCGCGAGGUCGCCAGGCACGCGCUCAAGGGUAUGGCACUCGACGCCAAGAAGAAGCGCAAGGGUUGGACCAAAAAGACGGUCGCCGAGAGCAAGAGGCAGCGAGAGCUGUUGGUGUUUUACAAGGACAUCGUUGCAAAGGUCAACGAGUUCCCGAGCAGAUUGAAGCGCAUCGAGAAAGAAGUCGAUGCUGCGAUCCGGCUGCUCCGGGAAAAACCGACAAGCUGA